AUGGAAUUGUGGAUUGGAACAAUUCGUGUUUUGAUUGAAAAAGCUAGCAUUCUUAAGAGUCAUUUAUUAACUGCUUCAAAACUAUUGUAUAUAAAUAAUGUUUUCUUUAAUGCCAUGAUGCAAAAAAAUCAAUUACAACAAAGUAAAUCAGAAGAAAAUAAUUUGCAAGGCGUGGAAGACAUCGAAGUACGUUCACAGAAAGAACAAGAACACACUCAAGAAUAA